AUGCCAAAAUACAAUUUGUUUAAUAAACUACCCUUUUUAUCCUAUAUUGACAAGAUCCAUGUUCGUUAUACUCCCGGUUCUCCUUAUGACGAUACCUGCCGGAAACUCCUACUUAUGUUACUCAAUCCUGAUACUUUAAAGAAAUUCCCUGGUUUAAACUAUACUUACGAACUUUUGAACUAUCACGACAGGCCCGAAAUACACAUUACAAUGAAGCCUAACGUCAACUUGAGAUUCUACGCCGACUCUAACACUUUAGAAGAUAUUCACAGGCAGAUAGAUGUUUAUCAAUACAAUGCGCACAUUAGGUACACUCAACACAGAUCUCUGGAGGGCAGAGGAGACGACGAUUCUUAG